AUGGAGCCCAGACCUCAGAAAAGUCCAGGCAAACAAUUUACAUUUUAUCAUGAAAAUGAAGUCUGCAAACAAGAUUACUUUAUUAAAUCACCACCCCCUCAACUUUUCUUUUCCACAGGCUCAUGGAAAAAGCGGUUUUUUGUCCUGUCAAAGAGGAUGGAAAGUGGCUUUAGUCUUUCCUAUUACAAAGACCAUCAACAACGAGGGUCCAUCGAAAUUAACCAAAAUUCUAGGGUCGAAGUUGGGAUAAAAGACUAUGAAAAAAUGCAAGCUGUCCGUAAGAUGUUCAGAUGCAACCCUGAAGAGGUGAUGUCCAUUCGAACCAUUAACAGAGAUUAUUUUCUCAUUGGUCAAGACAGGAAGAAGAUUAAAGACUGGGUUUCCAUCAUGACAUCAUUUUCCCGGGACAUAAAAGCAACACAUCAGAACACGGAGGCGAGUGUCUUCUUGGAUAAUGAACGGCCCACUUCAGACUCUGGUCCUUUCCCUGAUCCUUUCAGUACACCAGAGGUUGACAGCUCCAUCUCAUCAAGAGCCAGUAUUCCAAACAUGCAUUUCAUGGAAAACAGUUCUUCAGGAUUCGGGAAAGCAACUCUUCCACAAGAUUUCUCUCCAGAGACCACUCAAGAUGAAGAAGAGAAUUAUUAUAUUAGUCCCCGGAGUGUUCUUUUAGAGUUGGAUAAGACAAUUGGUUCCAGUGACAUUGAUGAAUCUGUUGAACCCCGUAGUCCAAACAAGGUCUUCAGAGAAACUGAGUGUCUUUACAUGUCAAUGAAAUCUUGUGUUUUCAAAGAAACAUCCCACCAGUCUGCUGAGAGCAAAGAGGAAUCCCAGGUCCUCCCAGAAACCCAGGAUGCUGUACUUCAACUGCAGGAACAAGAUUCAGAAAAUGACUCAUUACAUUCAACCGCCAGUUCAGAAGCACAGACCGCAAAUGACAAAAGGGGUAACAUCCCUGAUGAAUGUCAAGUGAAGAAACUAGAUGUGUUCCUUUCUCCUUCCGACGCCAUAAAUUAUCUUGCUCUCAUAGAAGCUGCAGGCCGGAUAUGUGUGACCCAGUGGGUCGGCCCCCAGCACCUUGGUUGCUUGUUUUGCCAUGGAGAUCACCUCUUGGCCGUGAAUGACCUGAAGCCAGAGAGCCUGGAAGAGGUCUCCUUGUUUCUCAGCAGGUCCAUCCAAAAGGAGAAAGUAAAACUCACCAUCGGUCGGAUCCCAAAUUCAGCAAAAUUCCAUGCUAUCGCAUGUUCGUGCCCAUUAAAAUACCAGGUCAUUGCACCUGUUCAUCUGGAAAAUUCUGGACUGCAGAGGGCACCAAAGAGAUGUCCAGCCAUCAGAAAGAGUCAUCCGAAAGAAACUAGACAGUAG